AGCUUGAAAACAGGAGUGGUUUUCACGCGGUGGUCACAUGGUCACUGUACUUGUAUAUAUACUCCUGUUUUCAUUUCAUUUUUACCAUAUCCUCCUUCAAGGCAAUCUUCGUCAACACAUCAUCCCCAGCAAGCCAGCACCAUGAACUCCGUCAUUGUCUUGGUAGCAUGCCUGGUGGCGGCCGCUGUCGCCGAGCCUAUUGGCUACAGUAAGGGUCUUUACGGUGGAUUUGGAGGAUUAGGAGGAUUGGGAUAUGGUGGACUUGGAGGAUACGGAUUAGGCCACGGACUUGGAGGAUUUGGAAGACUUGGAGGACUCGGUUACGGAGGACUUGGAGGAUUCGGUGGUCUUGGAGGACUCGGUUACGGAGGACUUGGAGGACUUGGAGGACUCGGUUACGGAGGUCUUGGAGGAUUCGGUGGUCUUGGAGGACUCGGUUACGGAGGUCUUGGAGGACUCGGUUACGGAGGUCUUGGAGGAUUCGGUUACGGAGGUCUUGGAGGAUUCGGUCACGGAGGUCUUGGAAGAUUCGGAGGUUUUGGAAGACAUUAUUAACCUGACGAUGUUGAUAAAGACCAACGAACCUGACCUACCAUACACGUUUGUAUACGUGGCCUUCUGAAUGUGAUGACGUCGACCUUGAAUAAAGCGUGCACGCAACA